ACGGUAACAUCGUUACAAAAUGUCCGACGUUUCCCAUCAAAACGAUGUUUUAGAACCUCCUAGUUGUAAAAAAACUAAAAUUGACCGGCAAAAUGAGAACGGUGGUAGCGUAGAUCACUUAGAAUUGAAAGACUUUAUUGCAGAGAAAAUAUUGAAAAAUAAUACUAACAGUAAAACGGUGUGCAUUCAGGGAAAAUUUCGUGACAAAAGUGGCGUGGCUUUGGUUUUGUUAGAGAAAAAUGCUUUUAGAGAGGAGGAACUGAACGAGACGGGCUAUUUUUGCCCCGACACAGUGUUACAGACGUAUUUCCAAAACGACAUAUAUGGAAAUUACGUUUGUUUUCCCAAAUCUUCAGUCAACUCUGUGAAAACUACGAUAAUCUAUCCGGCAACAGAGAAGCACAUAGUGAAGUUCAGUCAACAGGAAGUACAUAUUGUAUUAGAGACUCCAGAGCUGUAUAAUAAGCUGACCCUGCCCCAUAUUGAAAAAGAACACUUCAAUUUACAGUGGGUCUACAAUAUUCUAGAAGGCAAAACUGAACAAGACAGAAUAGUACAUAACAACAAGUGUGAAAAGGAAGGCUUUGUAUUGUUACCAGACCUCAAGUGGGAUGGUAUAACUAAGGAAACUUUGUAUCUGUUAGCAAUUGUCCGUCAGAGGGGACUCAAGUCACUGCGAGACUUGAAUGCGAGCCAUCUGCCGCUGCUGAAGAGAAUCAGGGAUGAGGGAAAGAAAAAGAUCCUAGAAAAAUACAAUUUACCAGAUAGCCAGUUGCGGAUCUACUUCCACUACCAGCCUUCCUUCUACCACCUCCACAUUCACUUCACGUACCUCAGGCACGAGGCACCCGGAAUCUAUGUGGAGAAGGCACACUUACUCAGUACCGUCAUCAACAACAUUGAAAUGAUGAGCGACUACUAUCAAAAAGCUUCUUUGCCGUUCACCAUCCGUCAGAUGGACAAUAUAUUUAAUGUUUAUGAAACUAAUGGUUAUAUUCAGAAAGUUGAGCCAAAUAUUGGUAAUACAGAACUCAUUGAUAAGUAAAGUAAUUUAAGAAUUAUUGUACAGUUCAUAACAAGGACUUAUUGUAAGCGAAAAUGUUGAUCAAAAGUAUUUUUAUGGAACUACGCGCUAGGCUAAGGAGUUGCAACGUUUAUAUCACCACUGGGGUGGAUUUUAACAAGAAUUGUAACUUGAAAAUUAGUAUACAAUCAAACUGUAUCGUCAUCAACUAUUAUGAUGAUGGAAAACUGAAGAGACGAGACAGUCUUUCGUCAAUCGAAAGUCUCUCUGAUUGUUAUUCAGAAGACGAGUCCGAUGUGACCUCUGUUAUACCAGUAGAAGAAUUCUGCCAUAUCAUACCAAAUUCCAUGUCUUGUCUCAAAAUCGAAAAGAAUACUAUAUCAUUCAGGAUAUUGACAGAAUCUAAAAAUGGUGGCAAUUUCUACAAUGAACUCCUAAAAUCCAACACAAAUGUGAAUCAUAACAAGAAUGAUAAUGAAUUUAAAGUCAAUAUAAAAGUAGAUGAUGAUCUUAAAAUUGUUUGUUCAAAUUGUUUGAAUGUGAUUUCGAAAGACUUCAUAAAAUUCGAAAGAAUCCUGGAGCUUCCUACUGCUAAUUUGGAUAUGAGUGAGUGGUUCUGUCACGGCCACGGACAUGGCCAUGGGCACGAAACUAAAUUUGAGCCCACUUUAAAAUCCAACAAAAAUGAUUUUCUUUAUCGAUUGACAUAUUUCAUGGUGAACAACACUGUUCUAUCUGAAAAAACGAAUAAAUUUAAUGCCAAGAGAGAAAUCUAUCAUUGCAAUAGAUGUUUGGCCUGGCUGGGGCUGAAGGACAAGACAGAUGUCAAGUUAUUCAACUCUGAAGUCAAAGUAACUCAAGAUAACAUAGAAAAGUCUGCUCUCACUCAUAAAAAUAUACUAAAUGAUAUACAGACAGAUGAUUUCAUAUUUACAAUAGAGAAAUUAAUACAGGAAUUCAACUUGGGCCUUCAAUACACAGUGAUGUGUAAAAUUAUACUGGAAUGUUUAGUAGCAACAAAUAAAAAGCAAUAUUUGUUGAUUUGGGUGAUGGAUAAGGAGCUUCAAGUGCUGAAAAACUCAGGGGAACACAUUGGAAGUGAUAACAUUAGGUUGCAAUCAAGUUUUGUAACAAAAAUUUUAUUUAAGAUUGAGUUUUCGUUGAACGAUGAGGUGGAGUCUUGGAUUGCAGACCCUGCUGUUGUCUCCACGGAUGUGUCAAAGGGCAUGUUCUGCCGCGGAGUGGAACAUCUGCAGAACAUGUCGUUGAAGGUUCCAGAGAUGUUCCGAAACACAAACGGUUUCUGUGUAAGCUAUUUAAAGGUUUAAAUAAAUAAACUGCAAUGGGAA